UCAGCCCGAUAGUUUGAGGGGGACACACAUGAUUGGCUGCACGAAAUUUCGAAAGGGGCGGGGCGAACAGCUUCGAGGCGAACACGCAGAAAUGAAGCUGUCACUCAGCCGUGACGCGCUCCCGCAGCUCACCUGCGCUAUAGGCGGACUAAAACAUAACAACAAGAAUAAUGGAUGAUCAGGGAUGCCCGAGGUGCAAGACGACUAAAUACAGAAACCCAUCUCUGAAGCUGAUGGUGAAUGUGUGCGGCCACACGCUGUGUGAGAGCUGUGUGGAGAUGCUGUUUGUCCGUGGCUCAGGUAACUGUGUGCAGUGCAACACUCCUCUCAGAAAGAGUAAUUUCCGCGUGCAGCUCUUUGAAGAUCCAGCCAUUGAUAAAGAGGUGGAGAUCCGCAAGAAGGUGCUCAAAAUCUAUAAUAAGAGGGAAUUAGAUUUUUCCGUUCUGGAAGAAUAUAAUGACUACCUGGAGCAAGUGGAGGACAUUGUGUUUAACCUGACUAAUAACGUAGAUGUUGAAAGGACCAAGCAGAUUAUGGAACAGUACCAGCGAGAUAACAAAGACGUUAUACAGAGAAACAAAGCCAAAUUAACACGUGAGCAGGAGGAGUUGGAGGAGCUGUUGUUACAGGAGCAGCAGGAUUCAGAGCAGAGGAGACUGGAGACCCUGCAGGAGGAACAGAGACAACUACAGGCCAAGAGAAAAAACAAACAGGCCCUGCUGGAUGAACUGGAAAGUUCCAAGUUACCUGCGGCUGUGCUGUUGGCCCAACAUAAAGAUCGAGCUACUCAACUGGAGACCCAGAUAGAAAAACAAAAGCAAAAUGUCAAGCCAGCAAACAUCUUUUCAACUGGAAUAAUGAUGGGUCAGACUGUUUCCUUUGCUUCCGUGUCUCGUGUGGAGGAGGUGUUGUACAUGUAUCAGUCUCAGUGCAUUGACACGUAUGGGCCGCCUGUUCCAGAACUAGAGCAGUUGGGCCGAUUAGGGUAUCUGAAUCAUGUGCGCACAGCGUCUCCGCAGGAUCAGGCUGGUGGUUAUACAUCAGGACUGGCAUGCCAUCGUGCCAUCCAAGAUGCUUUCAGUGGCCUCUUCCCCUCAUAACAUAGAACUACAGCCACUGCCGCUUCAUCUGUUCACCAGUCUUCCUAAAGACUCACUGACAAGCAAAGGGAGAACCUGUGAGUGUUUGGAUGCAUGGGAAAGAUUCCUGUGAGAAAGGACCCAUUCAAAAUACCCUGGAGUUAUGUUGAAGAGUGACAUAAACGAGCUUUAAUAGGUGUACAGAUAUUUUUGUAAUGCUGUUUUAGUUAAAUAAACUUUUUUUUUUUUUGUGUA